AUGGAAUCUGGUAAAGUUGUUGUAAACGGAAGUCCUAAAUAUGUUCGAUCAUGUUGUGAGGGUAGUCUUCAAUGUCUUGGAGUUGAUUACAUAUAUUUGUAUUAUCAACAUCAUGUUGAUACUAGUCUUCCCAUUGAGGAUACUAUGGGAGAGUUGAAAAAGCUGGUUGAAGAGGGAAAGAUUAAGUAUAUAGGAUUAUCUGAGGCUAGUACUAAUACAAUCAGAAGGGCACAUGUUGUUCAUCCUAUUACUGAUGUUCAAAUGGAAUGGUCCUUUUGGACUCGUGAGAUUGAACCUGAUAUUGUUCCCCUUUGCAGGGAGCUUGGAAUUGGAUUAGUACCAUAUAGUCCCCUUGGUCGUGGAUUUUUUUGGAGGCAAAGCUAUCUUGGAAAGUAUACCGGCAAACAAUUUUAUGCUAGAUUUGAUCCAUGGGGUCACCAACUUUACCGGGAUCAUCGUCUUCCGCUAAUGUCACGGUGA